UACGUGUCGCGUGCGAGUCUCUCUAUUCUAGUGGCGUGGUUACGACAUCGUACGCUAGCUAGGAGGAAAGGGUUAUACAUAGAUUGGGAGGCAUUGGAGUACAGUGGUGUUGUGUACAGUAAAAGGCUGGCGUGCAAUUCAGCUGUCGCUACUUCAAAGACAUCUCACUACCAUUCAGGAUAUUUUCAUACAUUUCACACACGUGUAGGGGACCAUGUAGGGGUGGUCUUCCUGUCCACGCGUCAUGACCUUUAGGUCAAUUACUAUAAAGAACUCUUACGUGUUAGGAGGAGAUGGACAUUCGACAACGGCCACCUGGUCUUGCCUGUGCUACCCCUGUUAUCUCGCUCUUCAAGUUGCGCAGAUUACUCUUCCAGCCACGCUUCAGACCCUAUCCUGCUCAUGGCCCUGGUAGCACAGUGGACAAGGCUAGAUCCCCUACCUUGGAUCCCCCACAACAACUUCACAGCGUGUAUGGUAGCCAUGGCCACCAAAACUACAAUAGCAUUAAUAGUGACAGUCCUACAGUUUCCAUAUCUACGUCCUCCAACUCCAUGUUAGUUAUUUCUCAGUCAAUCAACGCUGUAGUGAAGAGUACACCAGCCCUAAAUGUCACUAGUGCUAUCAACAGUGGCAAUGAACGGAAAUAUCAGUGUAAAAUGUGCUCACAGAUCUUUCUACACAAAUCUGCCAUGCAGCAACACUCCAGAGAGACCCACAGAGGAGAGAUCAAGCCACAUCAAUGCCAUCAGUGUUUGAAAUCCUUUUCCUCCAAUCAUCAGCUGACCCAGCACAUCCGGGUACACACCGGGGAGAAACCUUACAAAUGUUCAUAUUGUGACCGAAGGUUCAAACAGCUGUCCCAUGUCCAGCAACACACAAGACUUCACACUGGGGAGAGGCCAUACAAAUGCCAUCUGUCAGAUUGUGGAAGGGCCUUCAUCCAGUUAUCUAAUUUACAACAACAUCUACGAAAUCACGACAGCCAGAUGGAGCGUGCGAAAAACAAGCCUUUCCUUUGUAACAUCUGUGGGAAAGGUUUCGCUUCUGAAAACAGCCUUCGUUCUCAUCGCGCUAAGCAACAUGCAGCCCUCAUUGGGGGAGCCAGCUCUCAAUCGUGUCCCGUGUGUCACCGGAUCUGCCUGAAUGGGGAGGCCUUGAUGGUGCAUAUGAGUGUUACUCACAAGGAUCCUAAUGCAUCAGGAACACCAAACAAGCGUCGUACAACAAGCCGCCCAUGUCCCAUUUGUGGAAAGACGUAUGUCAAUGAGGGAUCGUUAAGGAAACACAUUACAAGCCAUCCUGAGACGUCAUCAGUUUCAUCGCCUUUACGCAUGUGGCCAUGCUCUGUUUGCCAAAGUGUAUUUACUCAAGAAGCUGGCCUUCUACUCCAUAUGGAGAAUAUGAGAAUGGAUCCCAAACACCAGUUCGCUGCCCAAUAUGUUCUGAGUCGGGUAGCUGCAGAGAAACGAGAGAAAGAAACACAUAUAAGCUCCACAGCACCUCUAGAAGUGGCCAAUCUAUCCAAGAGUGGAGGCAGUUCUGGCUCUAACCAACUCAAAGAAUCACCAAUAUGUCAUAACAAUGGUAGUAGCCACAAUGGAGCAGUUAUGAAUAUACUGUCCAACAUAAAAAGCCUAUCAAAUAUUAAUAGGCCUGCUCCGGCUCAUUCUCAGACACCGUCAGCCCUUCCACACAGGCAUGUUAUACCGCAACUCGCUUUAUCUCGCGUGUCUUCUCAAAACCAUUCACAACAAUUCUACUAAACGUCAUAGAAUGGUUAAUAUCUCUUAGAUUUACGAUCAUAGAAGUACGUUUACAAGAAUAAAUAAUUUUAACUCGUCAGAAACUUAAAUACCCCUAUAUUAACACAAUUUAAUAAUUUGUGAUGAUGAUGUGCAGUAAGAGUUAUUUUGUCACUUCUAUACAUGAGCAUUAAUGAACCUUUUUAUUGUAGUUAGUCUUAAUUUUUGAGGUAUACGUUUAAAUACUAUAUGUUUGAUCUCCUCUUAAAGACUUAUACACAAGCUUUCUCUGUCUGCCGUGGAUCAUUGAGUUACUUUUUGAAUGAAUAUGAAUUUAUGUAGAAUUUUCAACGGACUUAACAAAACACAACUUGUUUUCGGACUGAGGAACCAGAGUUUUUUCGAAAGCUACAACACGUUAAUGUGUACGUGAGCACGCAGAAGCUUGUAAUUCGUCUUUAAGUUGGAUUUAAACAUGUAGAAAGUGAAUAAAGUAAAAUUUAUUGUUUAAAAAUCUAAGCACAGUGAUAUUUAACUUCGAUUUACUUUGUGUAUUGUUUUGGCCAAGUGAGCUGUGAUACAAAAUUUGCUUACUACUUAAAGUUUGUAAGCAACUGUGAGCCAGGAAGAGUUGGAUCAUGGAGGUAUUAGGUAAACCUGGCCCUAAUAAUAAUCAUGUGUAAUGUUAAAAUUAUGUAUAAUGUCUUUGUUUACAUAUAGUGUCACUGGGAUGAAAUUCCAUAGGCACUCUAAACACUUCUAUAUUUCUCGGUCAGUGAUCUUGUCCGGUGUAUUGUAUUUCCGGAUUUUGUUAUCAAUAGUAACAAGACUAAAGUGUUGUGAUCAUAAUCGGUGUGCAGUAGUAUGUAGUUUCUUUAUAGUAGAGUUAGUACCUUUAGAUUACAACAGACAGACAGGCUGCUGUCAGUGAAGAUUUUGUAAUAUCGGUGCGUGAUUUUCUUGUUAUAAACUACAACUAUAGAAUUAGUUAAAGCGAAAUAUUAUGCAUAUUCUUUUCCAUUAUAAAAGUAGAAUAAAUAGCCCAAUAGUGUUUAACGUGUUGUGUCCUUUGAUAACAAUUUGCCUAAAAGGCUAUUGAUAUACCCUUGUGACAAGCGAUAUUUAUUUUUAUGAAAUUUGUAAAAUUAACUAGAAGUCUUCAGGAAAAUUCUAAUUAUAUAGGUAAGAUUUGAAUUAUGGAUGUUCGUCUAUAACAUCAGUAUUUUCACAGGAGAGAAAACUUCUAUAAGAACAUAAAAUAAACUGGGGCCAAAUUGGUAGUGUAGGAAGUUUGCUUAAAACUUUCACUCAAAGCUAUAGUGUGGGAAAUAAUAAAUAUCCAAAAUGCUGCUAACAUUUCAAAUAUUGAAGGUUUUUUUCGUGGCCAAGUUAUUAAACUCUUACCUGAAAUUUUUCGUUUGAAUUAUAUUAAUUAUUCAGGAAAUAACUUUAAAGUUAACUAUAUUAUAGUUAUAUAAUUUGAUAUAACAUAGUUCAUGUGAUGCAGAUAUUAUCUAAAUAUAUGUUUUUAAAAGUUAUUGAAACUAAUCCAUUGAUAAACUUUUAUGAGUUAAAUGUAUUACACAAAGAACGAGAGAUAAACAAAGUAUGUGUUUAAUUUAGUUUAUCAUAUUGGAGAGAAGGUAUUUGGGCCUAUAAGCGGACUCAAUGGAAAGAUCAUUAAUAUUUUUAAAAAUUAUAAUUUUGAAUAUAGAGUGUAUCAAAAUUAUUUAAAUUUUUUGUGCCUGAAUAAGAGAUGUUUACAUAUGAUAUUUUGUGAGAAGUCCAUUUGGAUGCUUACGCUUUUUUUUUAACCAAUAUUUCUCUUCUCCUACUUGAAAUUCGAUCUUUGAAAAAAUAUAAGAAACUUAAAUUAAAUGUCCUAAAGAUUUAUUCGAAAAAUGCCACUUUUCUUUGGAUUUUUUUCCUAAACUACAUUUUACGCCCAAUGUUUAAUAACAAACAUUUGAUACGUGGCGUUUGCUGUGAUAACCAGAAAUUGAGAAAUGUUGCCACGCGCACACAAAAUUUUGUUUACAGUGUUACUUAACUAAUUUAUUUGAAUAAUAUUUUUGUUUAGACUCGCUGUUAAUUUCAACGAUGUAUGUACAUUAGGGGUAUAUUAUUUUAUUUUUAUACAUACUUUUGUUUUUCUGACAAAUUUAUUUGAAAUAAGAACAAAGUUAUAGCAACUUAGUGAAAACCAGGUAGAUGGUUUUCUUGUCAGAUUAUUCGAUGAAACACUCCAAUAAGACAACGCAUUUAUUUUUAUUGAUAGUAAUAAGACCAAAGUGUUGUGAUCAUAAUCGGUGUGCAAUAGUAGAUAGUUUCGUUUUGUAUGAAUAUGAAUUUAUCUCUUAGAGAAUAUGAGAAAGGAUCUCAAACACCAGUUCGCUGCCCAAUAUGUUCUGAGUCUGGCAACUGCAGAGAAACAAAAGAAAAAAACACAUGUAAGCUCCACAGUACCUCUUGUAAUCGUGAAAAAAUAUAUACGUAUAUAUGAAUUCUUGUAAAAAUAUGUUUAUAAUAACUUUCGCUUUCCCUUUGUUAUUUAUCAAUUAAUCAUUUUUACUUUCUGUCAUGUUUUGACCUAUCCUAUCUUUCCGUCUCAGUUUUUGACGAACUCUAUUCCGUGAACUCUAUUGACUAAUAUUCCAAUUAUUCUUCCCACUGUGUUAUUUUCUUCCCUUUUUUCCACGUGCCCAUAGCAUCCCAGUUUAGCUUCACGCGCUUUUUCUAUUAUUUUACAUACCCCAGCCUACUUUCUAAUAUCAUCACUCAUAAUACUAUUCCUUAACGAUAUUUCCAUCAUCUAACGUAACAUUCUCAUUUCCGUCUUUUCCAGCAAACUUUCUUCUUUCCUUUACAAUUUCCAUAGCUCUGCUCCAUACAACAGAAAUGAUCCAAUUACAGUCUUAAACAUCCAAAUUUUUAAUUUCCUUGCAAUUUUCUUGACACAAAUAACUCCCGAAAUACUGCUCUACUUCUGUCAUCCACACUUUCUCUUAUUUCCAGGUCGCAUUCCCCAGUCUCAUUUGUAUAUGAGCCGAGGUACUUCAUUUGUUUGGGUUAUCUCUCCGUCCGGCCUAUCUUAUAUUUUGACUAGAUGUCUUCCUCUUUUACUACUUGCUAAUGUCUUCGUCUUCCCUGUAUUUACCUUAAGUCCAUUUCACUCCAACUAUUCAUGCCCCAAUCUAUAUCUUACCUAUAGUUCCUUCUCGCUUCUAGCCAUAAUCACUAGAUCGUCAGCAAGUAACAAUUCCCAUAUCUCUCCUCUUCUGAUAGUUUUCUGAAAAGACAUCCAUUAUCUUUAUAGAGAGGAAUGAGCUAAAAGCCGACCCUUGAUGCAAUCCUACCUUUACUUCAAAUUCAUCAGUAUUUCCUUGUUUUGUUCUUUGUACACCUUGGAUCAUUCAGACAGUUUUUCUGAUACCCCUUUCUUUCCUAAAAAACAACAAAAAAUCUUUCUUGGUGCCCUGUCAUAUGCAUUUUCUAAGUCUACAAAACGCCAAUAUAAUGUUCCAUUUUCUUCUAAGAUCUUAUUUUGCAACUAUCUUAAAAUGUACAUUGUAUCAACUGUGCUCUUUUCCGGUAUAAAACAAAACUGUUUCCUAGCUAUUGAUAUUACAUUCCUUCGAAGAUUUUCAAAAGAUGCUCAAUUAGCUUAACGUCUCUAUAAUUACCACAUUCCAAUACAUCACCCUUCUGCUUAUGUCUAGAUACCACUGUGCUCUUUCUCCAGUCUUCUGAAAUUUUCUACACAUCCUAUACUAACUGCAAGAACUUCCAUACCAUAUCCACGACUUCCUCACCUAUGGCUUUGAUCAUCUCAGCUAUCACCCCUGAUUGGCGCACUCACCUUAUCCACGCCUUCUUCACCCAUUGUUCUAAUAACCUCAACUGUCACCCAUGAUGAGCCAGCCACUCGCCUUACCUUGUUUGAUUUUCAUGAUACAGUUUUUACUUCUGAUCUACUUAUUUCUUUUACUAGUCAUUGAACUCUGACCACAUCCUCCAUAUCAUCUCUUUCAUGUUUUACAUUCAACAUUUCUUCAUAAUACUGCAUCCAACUUUUCUUUAUGUCCUCACCCUUAACAGCUAUUGACCCCUCUCUGUUCUCUAAUGCAUUUACUUCUCCAAGAUAUCUUUGUGUUUUUUUUUUAUAGAUUUUGCAGCUUACUAUAUAUUCCACCAAUGAUUCUUUCUUUCCCAUGGCCACUGCUUGCUUGGCAUUCCUUUUAGCUUCCCUAUACACGAGAGUGUUGUUUUCAUUUUCUUGCGACUCUUUGAAUAUUCUUCUCUUUUUCGUUAUCGCUUCCUGCACUUCCUCAUUCCACUACCAUGUAUCUAUAUAUUGUUAUUUACUUCCUUUUGAUGCUCCACAGACUUUAACACCUGCUUCCUAUUCCUGAUCCAGGUCUUUUCUUUCCACUGCAUUUGCAUUUGUGUUUUGUCUCCAUCUGGUCUCUUUUUCUUUGAAUUUACUGAUAUUUUCUCCAUUCAAUUUCCACAUCUUCAAUUUAGCUCCUAUUUUUCACUUCUUUAUACUGUUCUCUCCCUGUAUCUUUAUACCCAUUAUCAACAGCUGGUUCACUGUUUUCUCCCUAUAUCUCACUUUGCAGUUAUUAAUAUUCUUUCUACCUAUUCAUUUGGCAACCACAAAGUCAAGUUGUCUUGCGUAUUGACUACUGUUAUACGUAAUUAAGUGUUGCUCUGUUUUCUGAAAUCCAGUGAUGGCAAUAUACAUUUCUAAAGCGUCUCCCAAUUCAAGAAUUAUAUUUCCCUCUUCAUUUCUGAUUCCAUACUAAUGUCCUUCAUGCACUCCCUGAAAGUUAACUUAUCUUUCACCAAUUUGGCUGUUUAGAUCCCUUCCAAUUAUAAUCCUUUCAUUAAUGGUACCUAAUGACCAGCUCUUCAAGAUAUUCCCUAAAUUGUUACUUUCAUCCUCUUGACCACCUUGUUGUAGAGUAUUCACUGAUAUCAGGUUUAUAAUUAUAUCACUAAAAACCACCUUUACCGUGAUAGCUCUGUCACUUAUCCUUUAUACUUCGAUUACUUUCUAUUUGAAUUCUGUAUUUAGUUUAUGCCCAUUCCAUUUCUCCUUGUAUUCUGACCGCAGUAGUAUACGUUAUAUCCUUCUCCCAGCUCUCUUGCAUUUUAAUUUAGUCUCCUGUUUACAAAGCUCCAUAUCUGCUUAUACACUCCUUUUUACGCUUCCUUUCCACUUGCUUCUUUGGUCGCAGUUGUGGAGUGUGCGGUACCCCUCUUCCGUUUCUCACAACAACCGAGGGAUAGUGUUGCACGUAGCUUACAGCAAACACCUUAGCCAUAUGCUCAUCUCCAAUUAACCCGAGAUACAUAUUUUAUAUUAGACAAGAAGUUUUACACUCGGGUGACUGGCCCUGAUAGGAAAUCUUAUUUUUCAUCUGGGCUUGAGACUGGCAUGAUCACCUGGGCUGGAAUAAGUUCAUUCCAGCUCGCAUGGCAGAGUUCCUUCCCUCUAGUCUACUAUUGUUAAAUUAGGAUGGCUAGUGCAGAUAACCUUCGAAUAGCUUUGCACGAAAUUCAACAAAACAAAGAAACACUGUUAGUUAUAAGUAUAAGCAGACGUUACGGAGUUUUGGAUAAGAUAAUAUAACAACGCUUGUUUCGAAAAUCAAGUGGAAAUGCUUAUGCUUGAACACACAGGCUGUCAUAUGUGUAUCAAAGGUAACGGCUAACUUACCCUGUCUCUCAUAUCCCAGUUCGUAAUAAAUCUAUUUACACGUGUCGGAUAUUGCUUGUUCUACCAUUUCAAAAGCUAAUGAUUCAUUACAAAAAGUAAAUAAACAAACAAAAGAAAAUCAGAGUAGAAUUUAAAUUUCUAAUUAAAUAAAGAAAUGAGGUUGCAAUAUAGAAAACAAAAUAAUAAAUCGAUAUACCUUACAAGCUUCUGUACAAUAUUAACCACUGCAAAAAUAAUAACCAGUACUUUAACAAUAAGCAGUUGAACGAUAGUUUCAAGCAUAAGCAAUAGAAAUUUUGCUCUAAUUGUAUGUGCUAGGUAAUGAUAAAUAAUAUGAUGGUUUGUUUAAGUUUUAGGGCAAAGCUACACAACUGGGCUAUGUGGGGAAUUAAACCGUUGUAAGUUUGUAAGCAUACGGCUAACUCACUCGAGGACUAAAUACUUUUUAUUGGAUAUUUAUAAUUAAUAUUGCCUUUUGAACAAGUAUCAGAAGUAGAAGUAAUUGAAUUUUACACGUGCUGUUUACUCAAAACAUUUUACUGGUGUAUUUGAUAAAGCACGUAAGGAAAAGUAAGAGUUAAAUAUUAUAAUUAUUGAGUUCAAAUGAACCGUAAGCAUAACUGGAAUAUUUUCGGAUUCAAGAAAUGUUUAUAAUACUCUCAGUACCUGUAAUUAUUAAAAACAUACGAGAUAGUAACAAUAUGUUGUACACCGUAUCAGUAGUAAGUUAUGUUUAGUUGUCCUUUCUUUUUUUUUCUUACUCGCUACAGAAAGCAAUCUUUUUCUAGGAAUUAUGAUUUUAACUACAGUGCCGAUGAAAUGCUCUUUUUUUCAGUGUUUUCUACAUUUGUAAGUGCCUGUUUAUGUGUUUAUGGUUCUUACAAAUCUUACAAAUACAAAUCUUGUUUUAAUGAGAUACGCUCUCUUACAGCAAAUAACAUGCAUUUAGGUAUUUGUGAGAAAAUUACAUUUUAAAAGGCAUAGAAAUGAAUGUAUUUGAACUUUACACCUUUAGUUUAGGAAGUUUACUAUUUUUCAAUUCAACUUAAAAUAAUAUAUAGACAUAUAAAUAUCUCAAAGUUUGGAAUAACUUUUGUCGUGAGAAAUAACAUUAUGAUUCUUGAAGAGCAUCAGCCAUUUUUUGCAUAUUUGUUAUAGGGCUUUGUUUUUACAAGAGAAUGAAAGGGUCUAAUAAUGCUUGGCAUCGAAUUCGAAAAUGAAAGGGUCUAUUAUUGUUAUUCAUUUGAUGCCCUAAUAUAAAGAGUAACUUAGAGUUUCAUAAUGAAACGAAUGUUUCUGAGCUAUUGGUAAUACUAUUUAAAACAAAUUUAAACAUAGUUGAGUUCCGUUCUGUUUAUAAAGCUGGUAGUCUAUACAGACAGCCCGGAACUUCUAUUUCGGUAUAGAUUGCGCGUCACUAUUCUCCAUAAUCAAAAUAAGACACCUCACAUUUGUUAGGUGUCAAGAAAUUAUUCUGUAAAAAUGCAAUCCAAUUCUGAAGGUAAGAAGAAGAAGACAUUUUUCCCUGUACAUAGGCUGUUUUUCCAAAUAUUUAAUGUAGAAAUUCAGCAAAGUGUCCUGAGAUAUCUUUGAGACUUUGGAAUAAGCCUUUUUGGAUAACAUUUUGAUAUAGAAGAAAAAAGGAAGAAACCUGUUUCAAAACCUUCCUCUUUCUUGAUCCAUUUGUCCUCCCUUAGAUUUGCAUUGUGUAUUAUUCCGCAACUAUUUUGUUGUAUGUAUUUUAAGAAUAUUUAUCUUUAUAUACUCCAGUAAACUUCCAUGGCAAUGCAACAAAAGAAUGGAUUGCUUUAUGAUUACUUUAAAACAUAUAUUUCUUAGAAAAUUUGUGUCGCUUGGAAAUUCAAAGCCAUGGCUUCAACAUAAUAUUCUCUUGUUCCGAUGUUUUGGUUGAUGCAUAGCAUUUAAACUUAUAUUAUAGUUUUUACAAUUAAAGUAAAAUUGUAGGAUUAAAUAAAUCAAUAAUUAAAGGAAGUACCCUGUUAUGUAAAACUUAAAUCCAUCCGCUACUUGUUUGAGUUAUCUAGCUUAGGAGUUCUCUUCUUGUUUGUCUCUUGGUGGGACUGCGAUAAGUUUACCGACUUACAACGCUAAAAUAAUGUGGAGAUCGAUUCCCCUUGGUAGACACAGUAGAUAGUCCGCUGUGGCUUUGCUCUAAAACUACACUUCUUGUUUGUCUCUUGGUGGGACUGCGAUAAGUUUACCGACUUACAACGCUAAAAUAAUGUGGAGAUCGAUUCCCCUUGGUAGACACAGUAGAUAGUCCGCUGUGGCUUUGCUCUAAAACUACACUUCUUGUAGUUGUUGUACCUGAUGAUACCUGGUGAAACGUUGAAACCAUAGAUAUUAUAUUCUAUAGAGUUAAAGGUUUUCCUAUAAGCAUAAUCGUGUACUUAUUGUUUUAAUAGCAGAUGUUUGCCUUUUGCUAUUAUUUCAUAAAAGUAAGACAAUUUAUGUGUGCUUAUUUUAGCUGAUACUAUUCAUGUAAUUCAUGGCCUGGAUAUACUGUAUCUUGUUACUUCUUGAUAUUUAAUUGUUGAUCCUCAACAGUUAAAGUUAUAUUUUUUCUGCAACAAGUACAAGAUUGGAUAAUGGUCAGUAAUUUCAAAGUCAGCAGAUAUCAUCAGAAGACCAAAUAGAAAAAAAUGAAUGCGCAAUAAUAUGGUUUCUAGAAACAAUAAUGGUAUUUUUUUAGUAAAAAGUACAACAAAGUGUUUAAAGAUUUCACUAAGACAUAACGCAGAUUUUGUUUUUAAAAACAUUUUCUUACUAUAGAACAUUUAUAUGGGAAUAUGUUACGUCAGUGUAAGCCGAACAUACUUCCAGUAAAUUACAUCAUAUCAUGUUUGAUUUCUAUGAUGCAUAUAUAAUACAUUUUUAUUGCUCUUAUAAAUGACAUUGACAAUUAUCCCCAAUGCCGAUUUAUGCUCUUUAUUAGGUAUAUAUUUUAGUUCUGAUAUAGAUAGCUAGCUUGCAUUAAUUAGAACUUAAUAUUAAUGAGAAACCAUAAUUAACUUUCUCGUAAAUUUCAAAUAGCUUGUAAUUGAACAGAUGUUAUAAGUUGUUCGAUACUGAAAUGAUAUCAUUUAAUAAAGCUGUAUAAAAUCACUGUAAUAUCCUUCAGGAAUAAGAAAAAAUCUAAGGAAUAUCUAUUAGAAUUAUUGUUUGCUAAAUUUGUUUUAAAAUAUCAUUAUUAUAUUGGAAAUUUGUAUUGGAUGCUAAAUAGGUGAAUGACAUGAAGAAAAGACUGUCUGCAUAAUGAUGUAUUUUAUUUAAGAUCCAA